AUGAGCCAAAGAACUGAAGAUAUAACUCGUCCCACUAUUGCUAAUAUCUAUACGCGCGUAAGUAACCUUGCAGAGGUUACUUCAGAACUUUCCACUAACACACAAAAAUUAACCACAAAGCUUCUUGACUUCCAAAUGAAUCAAGAAAAGGCAAACACUGAGUUCUUAACUAUAUUAGAUAAGAUUCAGAAUCAAAUUAAAAAACUUGAAAAUUCUAAAUAUAGCACUGAACUAGAUUAUAAACUUAGCCAAAUAGCAGAUACUAUUAGUGAAAAAAUUACCGAAGAUGUAGAAGUAAUAGCUAGUGAUAUGACUAGAUUCGUGGAUGAAGUUGUUAAUAAAGCUUUUGAUAAAGUAAUGAGUGAAAUUAAUAAAAAAAAUGGCCAACCAGCAAAACGAAACAAAAAAAGUCUCAUUACCUUCCAUGUUGCUAAGGAUAUUGGAUAUGAAUAUAUCUAUAAUCUAGAAGAAGCUCCUGUGGCACCCACAAUAGAGAUGUCACUGAAGAAUAUGUAA